UUUUUAGGGAUCGAAUAAACAUCGAAACGAUUAGCUGUUAGGUUGAACAAACGGAAACGGAGGCCACCAUUUAGAGAAGAUGGCAGCAAGAACAGUAAAUGUGGCAGAGGGACCUAACUUAAUAGCCAAGACAGCAGCUCCACAGCCAUUGCCCUAUAAACAUGUCCUCUAAGAGAAAGUCGCCUCCGACAAAACUUCAAGAAGGCGCGUCUAUUGGUGGUGGCAUUGAAGAGUCGGCUCCCCUGCCUCCCACGAUAGUCGGGGGAGGUAGCGACGGCGGCGGUCUCACAGACUUGGACGAGACCAGUAGCAACAAUCUGAGCGACCUGGGCGAAGAAGACUCGUCGACGAUGGUGAGCAAUUCGAACGCGUUCUACAAACUGUCCGACACAUCAUCACCGUCAGCAUCCGGCAGCGAAAUCGACGACGGGAUAGAGGACGACCGGUGUCCUCCGCAUAAAAAACAAAGAAUGAUUUGUACGAGUCAAGAUCCUCAAGUCAAUCCGAACAUUCUUGUACCCGGAUCACUGGUGGGUCUCGGGAUCCAUCCGCAGGACGCGGCGGAAAAUCGAAGGAGAAACUCGUCGGAGUGUAGUUCACCCUCGUCCGAUUUCAAAAAUAGUAUUCAUUACAAUAACAAUAACAGUAGUUUGCAUAAUAACAAUAGUUCCUCGCAUGCAGUGAAACGGUCCAUGGACGAUGUGUUGAAACGGUUAACGUCAAAAAUGAACUCCAGUACCAUCAAGGAAGAGAGAAGGCCUACGCCAUCUUCGACACCUAACUCAAUUAACAACUCAGAAUCAGAUGGCGCUGCUGCUCUUCAGCAAGUUCUCUCAGGGGACAGUAUAUUAGAAAAAGAAAGGAGACUGUCGGAAAUGAUUCUUCAAUUGCAAAUGGUAAGAGAACAGUUAUUGUCUCAACAACAGCAGCAGCAACAGUAUCAGGCACAGAUCCAACAGCAAUCUCAACAACAGCAACAAUCUCAACAGCAGCAGCAGCAGCAGCAACAACAACAACAAGUUCAGCAACAGCAGCAGCAACAACAGCAACAACAACAGCAACUCCAGCAGCAACAACAAUUAUCCCAACAGUCUCAGCAGCAACAGGAUCACAAUAAGGUAGGUACAAGUACACUAUCUAGUCCAUAAUAAUUGACGUCGAUAUCUCGCUUCUGUUUUGAAUCGAAACAACCUGAUGAGCGCUAUAUUUUAUAUCUACAGGUAAGGCAAAACAUUUACCUGAAAUAUCACCUACUUCUCUGAAAACUGGCUUAAACUAACUAACUUCUCAAAAUCUAUUGAACAAAGUAUAUUUGUAGGAAUUUACCUAUAUUAAGAUAAAGCCGCCCUUUGAUAUAGUAGAAUAUGCCCACAUUCGAUUUUCAAUUCGCCACUAGUGUAUACGUAAAUAUGUUAAAAAUCAUUAUAGAGAGGAUGUUUUGUCUGCCAAAGGGUGUAAGUAACCGAGUGGCGAACGCGUUUGAACAAAUCAGGGUGAAUUAGGACGGC